AGCGCAGGACUUAAACUCUUGCACAAAUCGGAAGCAGACUCACGUUCUGGGUUUAUGUCUUUGUCUAAAAAAAAUGCAUCCUGACAAGGAGAGGAGCUCAAUUCUUCUGGCGUGCCUCCAGACCUCCGUGGAGAGGCAUUUAAGGAUUUGGAUACCGUAUCUUGUUCAUUGUCUAGCGCCGCAAGCUCCAGAUUUCCUCGAGGUGACAUAAGGAGUGGUGUCCCAGCGCCCUCUGCAUCACUCCACACGGAAGUGUCUUCGGAAACUUUGACACUCGACUCGUUCUGCGAUGGCUUUCCGGUGGGAUCGACGCACAAAACAACGUUACCGUCUUUUGAAUCACUGAAGUGGUCUACGUGACGGACUAAUCCCUGGUAGAUGGUAAUGGAGGCUUUUCUUAUCGCCUCCUGGAUGUCUGCAUUUAAGUGAAUCGCGUUGGGGGGGGACAUUGGAGAACCGACGUCAUUUUCCAUCGAGGGCUUCCGAGAGGACUCCCGGCGGCUGGAUAGUUUUUGUCCCUCGGAUGAUCUGGAAUAGUUUGACCCCAGUCGUUCCAGUACAAUACCGCCGUUGUCCUCUUGGCACAGUUCUUGACUGGCCGAGCUCCAGUUGGCCCCGAUGGUAGCACCGAUGUCGUCGUCCGAGCACAUCGUGCUGGGACUGACCGCGUCGGAGCAGCUCCCGGUCCUCGAGGCCCCGGACAUCAGAUCCGUUUGUAAGGUCUCCCUCGCGAUGGGAGACCUUUCUCCAUUCUCUGGCCCCUCGUCACUAAAGUUCAGUCCGUCCAGGAGCCCGGAGAGGAGCAUGUUGGUAAAGUCGGUGGCGUCGGAAAAAAACGGAUUGGAAUUCGGAUCCAUUGCCCUCUUCCACUCAAGAUCUUAUCUCAAAGUUUCGUAUACUCGUAGAGUAAAACAGAAACAUGUGCAAAUAAAUUUGCUGACGGCGACCCCGACGGCCGGUUUUGGUUUGCCAAACAUCCAGCCCCAUCGCAACUCAACUGUACAACUUUAUGACUCCAGACAUCUAUCCUUCGAUGACGUGACGUCCACCUUUAUGAUUUGCCUCAUGUAACCUUAGAUGACCGCAGUUCAGUCGACAUGACUCCGAAAAUAGGUUCACGUCCAGUGAACCAAGGCCCUAUGACUUGAAACAUCAGCGUUGGAGGAAUAGCAUCAUGCUGACAUCACUCCCACCAUCGCGUGACCGAGGAUUUGGUGACAGCAGGCUGUAGGAACCGCAGGACGCCGGGCACCGGCCUGUCCUUCUAUCGCUUCCCGCGGGACCCCGAGAGGAAGCAGCGGUGGAUCGCGGCCGUCAACCGCCAGGGCUGGGCGCCCAACGACGGCAGCCGCUUGUGCAGCACUCACUUCAUAUCCGGUAAACAAGUCAAGAACCCUCGUUCGCCGGACUAUGUUCCUUCCGUGUUCACGCCCAUUUCCCCUGAGAUGAAGGAGCCCAGUCCACCCGAAGUCCCAGACAAGCAGGAAGCCCGUGUGGAGGCGGCCAAUGCUCUGCUCUUCCUGCAGCGCCAGGGCGGGUCCGGAGCAGAUGAGCCUGGUUCAAUCGAGGCCAAAGUCGAGGGCAGCGUGUCGUCUUUCACGGAUGAUGACGACGAGUCUCUGAGUGACGACAAUGACAACAUGCUUGCACAGACGUCUGUGAACUUUGACGAUGUGCUCAAAGCACUCAGGCGGGAGAAUCGAGUGCUGCGCGAGUCUGUGGAGAAGAUGUCCCUGUCGGAGAACUCCCUUCGGAACGACGCGGAAAAGGUCAAAUUCUACACGGGCCUGCCGAACUUCUUUGUGCUGGAGACGGUCAUGCUACUGCUGGCACCGCACAUGGAUGCUAUCAGGAACGCCAAGCUGUCCAAAUUCCAGCAGCUUUUGCUCACGCUCAUGCGUCUCCGCCUAGACCUGCGCAACCAGGACUUGGCCUAUCGCUUCGGCGUCAAAGUGGGCUCGGUGGUCCGGACCGUGCAUCACGUGGUCAACAUCAUGUCUUCCACCCUGGUGCCCACCGCCGUCUUCUGGCCCUCUCGAGCCGAACUGCGCAAGAACCUGCCCGUGGCCCUGCGCUCCUCCUGCCCGGACUGCGCCGUCAUCGUGGACUGCUUCACAGUGCCUUGCGAGGGCCCGGUUGCCCGGGGCAACGAGCAAGGUGCGGCGGUGGCGGGCGGCGACGUCUUGAACUAUUUGAUCGGUGUGGCACCGCAGGGCGUGGUCACCUUUGUUUCCAAGGGAGUCCUGGGAAACUUCGGUCCUCGGACCUUGGUGGAGAGUUCGGGAUUUCUCUGCAAGCUGCUCCCGGGCGACGUGGUUUUGGCCAGUCGGGAUCUGGACAUCGGCGAUGCUGUGGCCGCUCGCGGGGCUCGCUUUGGCAUCGCCGCUCGCUUUCAAGACGACCAGAGUCAGGGAGCGAAGGUCUCGCCGCUUGACACAGUAGGUGUGCAAGCUCACGUGGAGAAGGUGGUGUCCAUAGUGAGGCGGAGGUACGCCAUGCUCACUGGCCCUGUGGAGAAGCCAUUCGCCGCGGUUGCGGAGCGCACCUCCAACCUUUCUACCUUUGACAAGAUUGUGCAAGUAGCUUGUGCCUUAAACAACUUGUGCAUCUCUGCUGCGCCUCUGGAGUGACCCUGUUCCUUUUUUCAUUGUUGUUGAAACGUUUUUGGGCGCACUCUUGGGACCCUUUAGUCCGUCCGUCGCAAUUGAAGUCUGUGGUUUUCUCAGAACGGGAGCAACUCGUCAUUUACAAACUGACAAUCUGAUCGAUAAGCUCACUUCCUGGCUGACAAGGUUCUGGCGAGAGAUUCGGACAUUGCAAUUGUGAUCUGGUUUUAGUUCGUAUCCCGCCGGCUGCAAUGAAAAUAUUCAGGAUGUGGAGACCAGAGACGGCGGGCCCGUUCCCCAAGUUGCUUGUGCCUUCAACAGCUUAAGUUUUCAGUGCUGCGCCUUUCAAGUACCUUGCAACACCUCAGCAUGCUUCAUUCGAAUCGACCUUUCGAUGGUCUCGGCCCAGUUUGGUCGUGGCACGAAACCUGUCUGACCUUGACCCGAUCUAAUAUGUUGAUUUGUCUUACCAAACGUGUCUUCUGUUUAGCUUUAGUGCUGUUUCACUCGUCAGUCGGUAUAGCAAACCGUCCUGUUUACAUUCUCAUGAGAGAAGAGGGUGAUGACACCCUGCUUGCUUUGCCG